AUGGCGCAAAGUGUGACCUGCUACAAGUGUGGCUGCCUCAACUUCAGCUCCAGGCACAACGUGUGCGACAACUGCCGGUCCAAGAUGAUGGCGUCCAGUCACAACGUGCUGCAUCUCGCAAGCGAAUCGACUGGUUCCAGUAGUGCCUCGAGAAUCAAGUCAAGUGCAGUUCCCGCGCGCUCAUUGGGUAGAAAACGAAGACUCGACGAGAUCCUAUUGGCUGCAAAAGCAGGACCCGGCAACUAUCGCCUGCCCGUAAAAAGUGCUUUUUAUAAAAAGCAGCAGCAGUCGCCUGACGUUAUUGACUUGAUCUCCGACGACGACGAGGAAGAACUGGCCAGUGAUGGACAUUCUAACAGCAAGAAACAGAAGAAGAAAACGGCGAUUACAACAGUCGAUGACCGAGUAGAAUUAGCAAGUGCGACGCUGUUCCAGAGUCGCGUGUUCCCGGUUGUGACGUUCGUGAGUAGCCACUUCCCUUCAAUUGAAGACGGAGCUCUAUUGAGGAAGCAAGCGACAGAGACGCUGUGUGCGGGAUCUGAGCCAAGUGGUGAGACAGUGGUCGCCAUUGAACCGCCAACAAGUUGCCAAAUGCCGGCUCUGCGGGCGACAUUGGCGACACCUGUGUCAACUUUGGAAGAACUCCCGGAAGCAAGCUCUUCGCCCAUGGCAGUUGUAGACCCGAGACCUCAGCCAAUUGUGGACUCAGAUCCAGAGCCGGUUGCAGUUGUGAACUCGAGACCUUUGUCAGUUGCAGCUGGAGAGUUCACACUUCAGUCAAUUCCAGUUGUGGAGCCGAGCCCUCAGCCAAUUAAUGCUGGGAAAUCUCAGUCAAUUCCAGUUGUGGAGCUGAGGCCUCAGCCGAUUCAUGUUGUGGAGCCACAACCUCAGUCGAUUCCAGCUGUGGACCCGAAGCCUCAGCCAAUAACAGUCGUGGACUCAAAAUCCUCGCCAGUUGCAAUCGCGGACCCGAAACCUUUUCCGGUCGCAUUUGAAAAGCGGCAACAGAAAGCGCAGCAAUCGACGACGACAGUCGAGACGGUGUUGAAACAAAGUGACGAUUUGGAUGUGACGAAAACAAAUGGUACCGUGAAGCUUGAGACUGAUGUUGGCACCGUGUGUACACAAGAAAAGCAGAAUGUCCAAGCUGAGAGAAAACUAGAAGACUCGUUGUUCCGGUCUCGUGUUUUCGAAUCUAUUGAAUUUCGAGCAACAGAUUUUGUGACUACGGCACAAGUGUUGGCGACGGCGAGACGAAGUCAUUUGCCGAAUUUGAAAUCCGCGGCAUCGGUAAUAGCGUCUGUGGAAACAACUGUAUUAACGGAAGAUGGGUAUCGUCAUGCAGAUGAUUUGAUAGGACCGGUAGAAGAGGCAAAGGUCGCAUCGCCGACAGCUGCGUCUGUCGCCGUCGGCACAAGUACGACAGUUGCUUGCGCGGCAGGCUCAGCAAAGAUUAUGAGCUCGGAUAGUGUUGUACCCCCGCUGGUGUCGUCUACGACUCCUGUGGUUACAAUAUCUCUAGAAUUGUCGAGCGCGUCUCCAAGUUCAGGUGGGUCCCACCCUGUCGCGAAUUCGACCGCGUCGUUAGUACCAGGGGCAGCAUUGCCACCUGCUGCUCUGAAGCCAGCAGUAAAGGAACCCACCCGGGAGGUGGCAGUUCCGCCAGUGAAUUCGUCGUCGUCACGAAGUCACGAAGGAUACACGCCAAGCGCAGCUGUGCAAUCUGUAGCGCCGGCAACGAAACCUCUUCCAUCGGCUGCCGAAGUAAACAUGAAGCCAGCAAUAUCCGCAUCGUCGACUUCGGAGUCAACGUUGGCAGUCGAAUGUGGAGCAAAAGUAAUACCGCUAGUGUCAGCUACACCACGGGCCAGUGUUGACGUAGCUACGAAGGCGGCUCCUGCGUCAAUGACACGUUCCGAACGGACUCAAGCAACUGACAACGCAAACGUGCUGUUACCUCAAGAGAAGGGUCCUGAAGAUAGUCGUCGAUUUACUGGUGAGCAAUGUGAUCAACAGGCAUCGCUUGAUGGGACAAAUGAUAUCCCAGGUGCAGAUGACGAGCUUUGUCGUAAAGCCUGUGCAGCACCACCUCAAAUGGCUCAAGUGGAUCCCCCUGUCUUGGGAUACUGCAGUCCAGAGUUCUUGGAAUUCAUGCGUGAGUGUGGAAACGCUGGUUUCGAUGAAGAAGGCGACCCUAACGACGUAAAUCGCUUACAGCUAAAGCUGCUGGAUGUCGUGGACCUCACAAGUUUAAGCAGCUCAGAAAAUGGUGAUGCAAUUUCGCCUUCGUCGACUCCGCGUGUCGGAGGGCUUAGUGGGCACAAUCAACGACUGUGUCCGUCAAAUAACGAGACAGUCAAAAAAGUGGGCCUCAGUUUGGCUGACGAAGCCGUAAAUGUGUCAGGACAACGAACUUGGUACAUUCCGACGCUGGAGAGUGAGCGGAAACGGACUCAGCCAGAGAAGGUUAUGUGCGAGUUGUGUGAGGAGGACGGAAUCGCGUCUAGACUAGUUCGCUGCCCGAAGUGCGCAAAAUAUUAUCACAAGAAAUGUGCGGAGGAAAACGGCGACGAAAGCAUUUGCUGGAACUGCGAGCUUGGUUCGAUGAUCGACGAUAGUGAGCUGGACGAAGAACAUGCCAAACACAAUAGUGAAUACUUGGCGUAUCUAAAGGCAAUCCGUUGUUCUUCAGAUGGUGCUGACGCUGAAGACGAGUGGGUUUCUGAGGACGAGGACCAAGAAGGUGACGAAGUAAUGACAGAGGUGAAGGCUGGAAUGGCAGCUGUAGCAGAAAGUGGAGAAGACAGCAAUGCUGUCAUCGGAAUGCAAGUCGCGAGUGCGGGGCGAAGAUGGAAGGAGUUUAUUGGAGAUGCUACCGCUGACGUUGACGAUUCUUACCUCGAGAUCACGAAACGUAUUACGGAGGAACUUCGUGACAACGAGAAGAAGUGUAUAUACUCACGGGGUUUCGUGUCACGGGAAGAAUUCGAAGCACAGAUGCAUGAGGUUGAGGAGUAUUACAUUAUGGAGGAAGCACGGCUGCAGCAGCUGGAACGGGAAAGAGCGCUCGAAACCAAGAAGAUGGCUGAAGCUGCGAUAGAGCAGGCAGAAGCGGAGCGGACGAUAAAUGGUAGCCAAUGUGCUGGCAAUAACGCUGCUGGUGACGACCAAGCCAUGGCGUCGGAAAUAUCUGUACAAGGUUGUAAUGUUUCCACCGGCGACAUCCUUCCUAUUGCCGCAACUGCCAGCCAAAUUUCACCGAGUGUCGCUCCAGGAUUGUCGAAAGACACCGCAGCGAACCACUCAACUUCGGUCCACCUUUCUGUACCCGUUGCGGCACAAACGACAGUUUCUGCACCGCUUGUACCAGCUGCUACUUGUGCAGCAGCAUCCGAGGUGAUGGGUAGUGGAUUACCGGUGGUCCUUGGACAACCGCCAUCGACGCCCUUGUAA